AAAAAAAGCCUUACAAAAAGCAGAAAAAGGAGGCUUGGUUUUUUCUUUUCCUUGCUGCUUCUGCUAAGCAAGCAUCUUCCUUUCCCUCACUUUUUCUUCAUACUCUUCUUCCUUUGCUUUCUCCCAUCAUUUUUUUUUCUUCUUUUUCAAAAAUUCCCUUCCUUCUUCCACCCCCAGAAGAUCCUCCUGCAGAUUAAUUCUCUCAGUUUUUCAUUUUUCAUCUCACAAAAAGCCUAUCUACUCCCCUCAAAAAUCUCCCUGAUUUUCAUUCUGGGAAUUCCCUCCUCAUUUUCUGGGUUUCCCUAAUCAACCCUAAAAAAGACAUUUUAAAAAAAAAAAACAGUUCCUUCUCUCACUCUCUAGUGCAUAACUCACUUUUUUUUAAUUCUUCUGUUUUUCCCUUUUAAUUUUCUUAAUUUUACAUUUGAGCUUCAAAAGGCCCAGAAUUUAGAACUUCCCUAAUCUCAAGUUUUGAACUUUGGUGAAAUCUUUGCUUCAUCUCCUCAUUUUUUUUUGAAGUUCCUCCAAACAGUCCUCUCUCUCUCUCUCUCUCUAUGUAACUACACAACCCACUUUAUUAUUUUUCUUUUUUCCUUUUCAAUUUUCUUAAUUUUGAGCUUCAAAAGCCUCUGAAUUUGCCACUUCCCUGAUCUCAAAUUUCACUCAGUGAAAUCUCCACUUCUCUCUCUCUCUCUCUCUCUCUCUUCUUUCUUCUUUUGCAACUGCUAUUAUUGUUUUGAGUGGUUCGUGAUUUAAUGGGAAUCUGCCAUGGCAAACCCAUCGAGACCCAACAACAAGAAAGUUCUCAUGAGUUCCCAAACGAGGUUGCACCUUCGACUACAAAGCCCACGAAGCCCGCUAAGUUCCCGUUCUACAGCCCAAGCCCGCUGCCGAGUUGGUUCAAAAACUCGCCAUCGUCGAACUCGAACCCGGGCAGCGUGGGCUCGACGCCGCUGAGGAUCUUCAAGCGGCCCUUUCCCCCUCCCUCUCCGGCCAAGCACAUCCGGGCCCUGCUGGCCCGCCGCCACGGCUCCGUCAAGCCCAACGAGGCCUCCAUCCCCGAAGGGCCCGAGUGCGAGCUUGGGCUCGACAAGACCUUCGGCUUCGCCAAACACUUCUCGGCCCACUACGAGCUCAACGAAGAAGUGGGCCGCGGCCAUUUCGGUUACACCUGCUCCGCCAAGCCCAAGAAGGGGCCCUUCAAGGGCAUCGAUGUGGCCGUCAAAGUCAUUCCAAAGCCCAAGAUGACCACAGCAAUUGCCAUAGAGGAUGUAAGGAGAGAAGUGAAGAUAUUGCGUGCUCUAACAGGACAUAAGAAUCUGGUGCAAUUCUAUGAAGCCUAUGAAGAUGAUGAUAAUGUUUAUAUAGUUAUGGAGUUAUGCAAAGGAGGAGAAUUGCUAGAUAGGAUACUUUCAAGGGGUGGAAAGUACUCAGAAGAGGAUGCCAGAGUUGUUAUGAUUCAAAUAUUAAGCGUGGUAGCUUUUUGUCAUCUGCAGGGUGUUGUUCAUCGCGAUCUCAAGCCAGAGAAUUUUCUUUUCACUUCUAAGGAUGAAAAUUCCACGUUGAAGGCCAUUGAUUUUGGACUGUCUGACUAUGUAAAGCCAGAUGAGAGGUUGAAUGAUAUUGUGGGAAGUGCUUAUUAUGUAGCUCCAGAAGUUUUGCAUAGAUCUUAUGGGACAGAAGCAGAUAUGUGGAGCAUUGGUGUAAUUGCUUAUAUUCUUUUAUGUGGAAGUCGUCCCUUUUGGGCCCGGACAGAAUCUGGUAUAUUUCGGGCUGUAUUGAAGGCAGAUCCAAGUUUUGAUGAGGCUCCUUGGCCUUCUUUAUCUACCGAUGCAAAAGAUUUUGUAAAGAGGUUGUUGAAUAAGGAUUAUCGUAAAAGAUUGACUGCAGCUCAGGCACUUAGUCAUCCGUGGUUGGUGAAUCAUCAUGAUGAUAUGAGGAUACCUUUGGAUAUGAUAAUCCACAAGCUUGUUAAAGCUUACAUUUGCUCGUCUUCUUUACGCAAAUCCGCUUUAGGGGCUCUUGCAAAGACGUUAACAGUAACUCAGCUAGCUUAUCUCAGAGAUCAAUUUACUCUGUUAGGGCCAAACAAAAGUGGGUUAAUAUCUAUGCAGAACUUCAAGACGGCUAUUUUGAGGAGCUCUACUGAUGCCUCAAAGGAUUCACGGGUCUUAGAUUAUGUGAACAUGGUUAGUUCUAUCCAAUAUAGGAAAUUAGAUUUUGAGGAAUUUUGUGCUGCUGCUAUAAGUGUGCAUCAACUUGAGGGAAUGGAGAGCUGGGAGCAGCAUGCAAGACGUGCCUAUGAGCUUUUUGAAAAGGAUGGAAAUAGACCGAUCAUGAUUGAAGAGCUUGCCUCGGAACUUGGGCUUAGUCCAUCAGUACCUGUUCAUGUAGUACUUCAAGAUUGGAUAAGACACUCAGAUGGGAAGCUUAGUUUCUUGGGGUUUGUCAGGCUUCUGCAUGGGGUUUCUUCUCGUGCAUUUCAGAAGGCUUGAGAGAAUGCACACAUAGUUGAUAUUAUUUUUGCUUGCCCCUUUUACCUUAAAAUAUUUUAAUGGAAACUAAAUGCAUGAGCUAACUCCAUCAGCAACCACUAUGAUGGCUUCUGCAAGUUAAAGACAGUAGCUGAUAGGAAUUUGUAGCUGAUGAAGCUGUAUGCAACAUCAUAUAUUAAUCCCACUUUUCCAAGAUUUCAAACACAACCUUUUCCCCACCUUGUUUCUCACUCACUUUAGGUUGGUGGUUCUGGAGUUAGAAGCUUGUACAGAUGAAAGCUAGACCAGAAAUUGUACUUAGGACCAUCAGAACCUCUGAAAAAUGAUGAGUUGUUUUAAGGGUUUACCCCUUGUGUACCCAUGACACUUAUCAAUAAGCAUUCUUAUCACGUGAACUCUUUGAUAGUCGACAGAUUUUAGCUUUUCUUGUUGUAUUUAUGUUAUUAUUAUUAUUCAAAGCCACAAGGGAUGGUACUUUUUAUAUACAAUAGCAGCAUGGAGUUUUGAAUC